AUGUUUGAUCAUCUCCCUGCAGAACUAUUGUGGGGUAUUGCAUUAUUUCUUCCACCUAGCACACUAGGCGCCUUGGCCCAAACAUGCCACCACUGUUACAAUGCCAUACUACCCAUGAUAUACCAAGACCUUUCUCUCGUCGAACCCAAUGCUCUCUUUAACAUUCUAUCCAAGCUGGUUGCCAACCCACUAUGGCUUGAUCGUGCUCGAAGACAUGUUCGUAAAAUCAACAUUAGCCAAGGCUCGGAACGUACGCUUGCCAAGUUUGCUAUGCUCGACCACAUCUUUUCAGGAUGGGAUUUACUAGGAGACGAUGCUUCUUCUUUUAAAAAGAACCCUCGUCGGCACAUUGAUGUGGUUGUGGCUGUCAUGUUUACUCAAUUCCCAAACAUAUGCAGCAUCACACUGGAGUUUGAUGCUGUGACCGAUGGUGCCAUUUGUAGUCCAAACAAGGCCAUGGUCACUGGAGGAGGGGCCUGCUUCACUGGUGCUGUCAAACUCUUUCAUUAUCGACCUGGCAACUCCUCUUUGCUUUACGCCCUUCUUUAUCCCUUUCCUGGAUGCACUCGCCUUGCCCUUCAUACGAGACCUUAUCUUUCACUAUGUGCCGCCAUUCAAGAUUCCUUGCUGCUACAAGAAGACAUUGAUACCUUGACAAGUCUUGGCCUGAAACAUGUACGCCACCUUGACCUUGCCUAUGUGGAUGGCAUGCUUCCAAUUGACAGUAUUCAGGCACUGGUUGAAGGAUUACUUAAUAUUGAGACCUUGAUACUUGAAUGGGUGCUUCCUCCUUCCAUGGAGUACUUUGACGACCUUUGCCAAUGUUUGGCUGAAACAGCAUCCCUAUACCCAGAUCCAGUCGAAAAAUUGACAAACACUUAUCGCACAGUAUUUCGCUAUUACAGCGACACCACUUGUACACUCUUGAGGCGCAUGUCAGUUCUUAAAUUAUAG